GCGUUGUACAACUUGUACAGUCGGUGAAAAAGGGAACGCAAUUAAAUUAUCGAUAGUUCGCGUUUGGUAUGCAUGGAAUUCCAUAAGACAGUCAAUGUGACCAAUGUUUGUGGUGUGGCAGAAAAUGCAGUUAAAUACGCAAUUAUUCUAAUAUUGCCUUGUGUAAAAAGAAUAAAGAAUUUCUAUGAAACAAUGAACAGAGCGAGCGAGUAUAAAUGGAUUGUGGGUAUAUGAUUCCAGUAAUCGUCUGUGAGUUAUACUUAUGUGGAUAGAAUUUAGAAAUGGCAACAGGAGGUAGCAGUUUUAUAAGUAAACCUGCCAGGGGUUGGUUACACCCUGACCAUUUAGUCAGUAAAGAAGGAAUUACUUAUACAGUGAAAUAUAUAGGAUGUCUUGAAGUAUAUACAUCCAUGAAAAGCUUGGACUUCGAAACAAGAUCAUGCGUUGCCAAAGAAUGUAUAAAUAGAGUCUGUGAAGCUGCAGGAUUGAAGUCAGCAGACAAGAAGAGAAGGGUCGACAAGAAAGUGCUAAAGGCAAUAGCAGACAAGCCUCGCAUGGAGCAUUCAGGUGCUACUAUAAACUUAACUAUUAGCAGUUGUAGUUUAGCCUUGACUAAUAUAGAAACUGGACACAUAAUUGCCAAACAUGAAAUGCCUCGGAUAUCUUUUGCUUCUGGUGGAGACACGGAAAUAUUGGACUUUGUUGCAUAUGUUGCGAAGAAUAUGCAAGAAUGGAGAGCCUGUUAUGUAUUAGAAUGUGGAGGUGGAUUAGCACAAGAUGUUAUAUCUACUAUUGGACAAGCUUUCGAACUACGAUUUAAAGAGUUCCUUACGAAACCAGCUUCAUUACAUCCCAUGUUAAAUGGCAUGAGAGAAGCAGACAGAGAUUAUUACAAUGAUUUGCCAGGUAAAGUACCACCAGACAUUGGACCUCCACCAGUACCACCUUUGCCUACUGCGGCAUCAACAUUACCAAAUUUAAAACAUCAUCAUUCGGGGCAGAAUCAUGUAACACGAAGCAGCGCACAAAAUACUGUUUUACACGACUCAUUUUCUUCCAAUUCUGAUAGACAUCAACAAUGGGCAGAGACUGGUAAUUUAAUUGAUUUAAAUUCUGAUGGAACAACCACUACAAAUUUCAGUAUGCCUCCUGAACAUAAUUAUGUAAAUGAUAGUGUAAUAGCAGCAACCAGGGAAAGCCAUCGUGAUCAAACAUCACUUUUCGAUGUAUUUGACAUGCAGCCGUUUAGUUCUGCAAUCUCGGAUAUGAAUAGAUUAAGUCCACAUUCACAGAAACAACAACUAAAGCAAGAAAUAUGGUUUCAUGGAAGUGUUAGUCGGGCUGAAGCAGAAUCUAUGCUUACACGGGAUGGGGAUUUUUUGGUUCGAGAAUCACAAGGUUCACCAGGCCAAUAUGUUCUUACUGGAAUGAAUAAUGGUACACCAAAACAUUUAUUGUUAAUUGAUCCCGAAGGUGUGGUUCGCACAAAAGAUCGUGUCUUCGAUAGCGUAAGUCACUUAGUUAAUCAUCAUUGCGACGAUUUAUUACCAAUUAUAUCAGCGGACAGUGUAUUAGUACUUCGACAUCCAAUUCCUAGGCGUACAAAUAAUUGAUUUUUACAGAAUUUUACUAAUGCUCGAAAGAUUAGAUACUGUUCAUAUUUGAUAUCUCACGUUUGCGUUAAUAUCUAAUAUAAAACAAAUGUCGUUGCCACAUAUGAUGCUUUCAAUGAUAAUCCUCGAACAGCCGAUCGAAAACAGCAACGUAGUAGGUCAAUAACGGGUUAUCUUUAAUCCGUAUUAGAUUUUGUAUUAGUACAUGUUUAAAACUUAUCUUUUCGAUACAAAAUAGACUAAUGACGCUUAUAAUACAUAAAGAGAAAGAGUUUGUUAGAAAAAUGUAAAAGAUAAAGAAUGUACGCGUACCCUCUUUGCUACGCUAAAAUGUGGGUCAAAAGAAACCUUGAGCCGGCUGAGCGGGGGUUGAAAAAGGUCCAUCAUUCGGUAUAAACAACAAAUACAAUGGAAAUUCUAUGCUAUCAAUAUUCUUAUUUUCAAAUUAUAACUAUGCUAAGGUGUAGUUUAUCAAGUUUUUUCUCUAAUUCUUACUAAAACGAAGGGAUGCUAAUAUCUCGCAAAUAAAACGUUAAUAAAUGUAACCUUACUAUUAAACAUAAUGAUGUCAAAAUGCACAAAAAAAAGUUA